UCCGGCUUCCGGCGUGAGGGACAGAGUGAGUGUCUACCCCGGCGGUUCCGCGGCCGGGCUCCUUCCGCGGGACGGGUGAGGGGACGGGCCCCGGGUGGGCUCGGGUCCUGCGCUUUGGGAUCCGGCCUCCGCAGUGACGCCGGUGGCAUCCCCCACACUCCUCCCCUCCUACCCCACUCGGCCCCCUGCGGCUCGAGGCCUAGCCCGCGGGGAAGGCUUUGACCUCGAGCCCCAGGACAGGUGAUGGAGCUGGGUGGUGGAGGUCUUCGGCUCUCCCUGAGCCCUCAGCACCGCCGAUGAGCCCGGCCCGGAGAAGGGCCCGAGAGCACGGGGUCCCGGGCGCGUCGUCGGACCCCGAGUCCCCCAGGGGAGUGUCGGCCCCGGCCGCAGCCUUAGAAUCCCCUGAGUCAUCGUGAUGAAGCGAGCCGAGAAAUCUGUGACGUGUGCGCUUUACGGGGAGUUCAUAAAGCAGUCCCGGCUUUUCAGUCAAAUCCAGUAAACACUUAGGAGGAAAAGAGAGCGAGAAAGAGAGAGGAUGUCUCUCUCGGACUGGCACCUUGCAGUAAAACUGGCUGACCAGCCGUUGGCCCCGAAAUCCAUCCUCCGGUUGCCAGAGACAGAACUAGGCGAAUAUUCCUUGGGUGCCUACAGUAUAUCAUUUUUGAAGCAGCUCAUUGCUGGCAAACUGCAGGAGUCAGUCCCAGAUCCAGAGCUGAUUGAUCUAAUCUACUGUGGUCGAAAGUUAAAGGAUGACCAGACCCUUGAUUUCUAUGGCAUUCAACCUGGGUCCACAGUCCAUGUUCUGCGAAAGUCAUGGCCUGAGCCAGAUCAGAAAGCAGAGCCUGUGGACAAAGUGGCUGCCCAGAGGGAGUUCCGGGUCUUGCACACGGCCUUGCACAGCAGUCCUGCCUACCGAGAUGCAGUCUUUAAGAUGCUAGGGAAUAAAGAAUCCCUGGAUCAGAUCAUUGUAGCCACCCCAGGCCUCAGCAAUGAUCCCAUCGCCCUGGGGGUGCUCCAGGAUAAGGACCUCUUCUCGGUCUUCGCUGAUCCCAGCAUGCUGGAUACGCUGGUCCCAGCUCACCCUGCUCUAGUCAAUGCCAUCAUCCUGGUUCUGCACUCAGUGGCGGGCAGCACUCCACUCCCAGUGGCAGAGGCCUCCUCUCGAAGCCUGCCUUCUAGUUCCUACAGGGAUAUGCCAGGUGGCUUCUUGUUUGAAGGACUUUCUGAUGAUGAAGACGACUUUCAUCCAAGCACAAGGUCCACACCCUCCAGCAGCACGUCUAGCUCACGCCCAGCAUCUCUGGGAUACAGUGGAGCAGCUGGCCCUCGGCCCAUCACGCAGAGCGAGCUGGCCACAGCCUUGGCCCUGGCCAGUACCCCGGAGAGCAGUUCUCACACCCCUACCCCUGGCACCCAGGGCCACUCCUCAGGCACCUCACCAAUGUCCACCAGUGUCCAGUCAGGUACCCCCAUUACUAACGAUCUCUUCAGCCAGGCCCUCCAACAUGCCCUGCAGGCCUCGGGUCAGCCAAACCUCCAGAGCCAGUGGCAGCCCCAGCUACAGCAACUCCGAGACAUGGGCAUCCAUGAUGAUGAGCUGAGCCUCCGAGCCCUCCAGGCAACUGGGGGGGACAUCCAGGCAGCCCUGGAGCUCAUCUUUGCUGGAGGGGCUCCUUGACCCCUGUCAGAGGUCGUAGUGCAUGGGCCAGUUGGGAUGCUGUAAAGAUAAGAUGUAAAGGUCCUGGGACCAAGAUAUUUCCCCAAUACACUUUAUGUGGAAACUGUUUGCAUGUUGUGAAGUCUCCCUAGUCAGUCAGAGUGGGGGAAUGUGACAGGAAGCAGGAGUGAUCUGUCUGAUCCUGCUGCCCUUGAUAGAUAAUGGGAUGUUGGCAUUGGUUCUGGGGGGUUUUGGACUAGAGCCCCCACAGUAUUAUGGGCCAGUUCUGUGGGCCUGAGGAGUCCAGCUCUACAGGGCCCAUUCUCCAUUUAUGGGGAGGGGAUUGCCCCAGAGGUGUUCAGGGCUGAAGUAUCUGAGGCAUCUCUCCCCCAAGAGGAGACUGGCCCUGUGCCCAACAGUGGGGGACAAGGCUUCCCCUUACUUAACAGAGAAUUUUUUUUUUUUUUAGUUCUGUGAUUACCUGGAAAUCCCAUAGUCAGGAGUUCCCUGUUCACGUGUGAAGUUAACACAGGAUCACAACUUGGAGGUGUUCUAGGUCAAUUCAUUAGUUGCCUGUGGGACUGCAGGGAGAGAAGAUUGGAGUAGGACCUCCCCAGUUCUCCCUUUCCCACAGAGGGUUCAGAAUUUGGCAACUGUUCACACUCCCCGAUCCCAGUACUUCCCUUCUAUGCCUUGGCCCACUCUAGGCCCUUCUGUGUCCCACCCUGAGGCCCAAGCAUGAGGGUAGGAGGCUCAGAGGCAGGAGACAGAAUCACAGAAGCUGAAUUUGAACCCUCGCUCACAAACUUGACUACCUACAUGACCAUGGGCAAGUGAUGUCACCCCCUGAACUCCAAUCUGUAGAACAGCCAGUCAUCCCUACACUGUCUGCCGUAAGUGCUUGCUACAGAAGUAGCUAUUCUGAUUAAUAAGGGCAGUGGCCCAGCAUCAGGAAGCCCCUGCCAUUGGUAGCAAAUGCCUGCUGGCUCAGGCCUUUCUCGUCAAUGUCCAGUCUAGACGGGGAGGCAAGGCCCAAUUACAGGAAGUGUUACGUGAAUGGUAAUGAAGUAGGAAGGUCCAUGCUGGGAGCACAGAGUCAAGUCCAGCAUCUCCCCAUCCAGGUGGCUCUUCUGCAGCAUCCACAAGUGGCCAUUCAUUCAGCCUUUUCUUAAAGACUUCCCACGGUGGGCCCUUCCACUUUGGGACAGCUUAAUUGGAGGAGAUUUCAGCCAAAAUCUGCCUCCCUGCAGCUGUCCAUUUGUUCUUAGUUCUACUCUCUGGACCAAGCAAAACAGAUUCUUCAUGACAGCCUUUCACAUGUGAAAAUAGCUUGUGCCCCCUAGGGUAUUCUCUCAACUAAAAGUCCUGCAUUUCUUCAAUAGAUCCUUGUAGGGCAUGAGCUUAAGGCCUAGGCCUGCUGCUCUCCUCUGCAUGCGCUUUGGGCUGUGCUCCAUCGUAGUGCCAGCUUUCCCUGGUUCUUGGUUUCCUGCAUGAUUUAUGAGGGGGAGGGCCACAAAAACUCCUUUUCUCUGUCCUGUGUGGUUUCUUUGGGCAUGGUAUGUUAAUUAAAGGAAAUCUAUAACUCA